AUGGAUGGAAAUGCCCAGAAUAUGUAUCAUGGAGGACAAGGCGACGCUUAUUACAGAUACGAUCCGACAGCGCCAAGAGGAAUGGGUCCACCGCCUGGCUAUGGAGCACCACCACGACAACGAGCUCCUAUGCCUUUACAUCAGCAACAGCCCCAAUAUCCUACUUACCAACCGACCGAUAGUAUGUACUCGAUGAGUGCUGAUCAGCAUGCUAGCAUGAGCCUGAGUGAUAUUACUGGAUGGAGUACUCCACAAUCCGUUCCACCACAGCCUUAUGGCCAACCAAUGGGUUAUGGAACACAUCCACAAGCUCCUCAAGCCACACAAAGACAACCUCAAAGCUAUCGGCAACACAUGUCUAGUUAUCCGCAAGAUCCGAAACAAAUGCAAACUGCAUAUACAACACAACAGAAUAUGAUGGGAAGUAUGAUUCCACAACAAGGAUAUCCAUCAAUUCCUCAAUCUCAACAUCAACAGCAAGCCCAACAGAGGAUAACUCAACAUUAUCCGCAAAGCGGUCAUCAAAUGUAUGGAACACCACCUCAACAAACACCUGCACAAGCUUAUGCUGGAUAUGGAGUUCAGCAUCAAGCUACACGUACAGCAACAAAUCAACAUCCCGCAUAUGGUCAUCAAUUAGAUCAAACGGGAUAUGGACAUUUAGCAAAUCAAGGUCCAGUCGGCUUACCGCCAAUUCCAAUCCAACAAACACAAUCCCAUUUAAGUCAAACGGCUCAAAGUCAUCAGCAGCAACAGCAAUUACAUCAAUUACAACAUCCGACAAUGAACUCAGCGGCACAACAGCAGCCUGUAUUAGGAUCUACUCAUGGUACUCAACAGCAAGCUCAAACCCAACAAUCUCAUAUAGCACCGCAAACGCAGCAUUCUGCAUCGACUAUGCUCCAUACAUCAACUGCGACUCAACAGCAGCAACAACAACAGACACAUCAAACUACAUUAAGUGCUCAGCAGCAGCAGGCUGGUCAACAGACUCAUCAGCAACUAACACAGGGACAUAAUCCUGCCUCUAUGCCUCAUCAAAUGGGACAUAGUAUGUUGCCAAGUUAUGGAAGUCAGUUGACUGGAACUCAAACUGUCGCACCACCACAAGUACCAACUUACUUACCGAAUUCCAAACAAGCACCUGCCACACAACAACAACAACAACAACAACUUGGAAAUAGUCCACAAUAUCGUGCGCCUUUUCCUCAAUUAUCGCCACAAAUGAGUCCAAGACCUCAAAUGUCACCUCAUCCUCACCCGCAAAUGUCACCGAGACCAGUAAUGUCACCUGCCAAACCGCCAGUGGUACCAACUCAAAAUCAACAAGUGCAACAGCAAUCAUCAAAUAAUCAGUCUCCACAUCCUCACAUACCAAGUCCUAGUGCACGAUCACAAUCAUCUCUCCCGUCAAUGCAAGGAGCAACGGUGAAGAGUUCAAUUGCGCCAUCGAAUACAUUACAGGCAUUGGAGCAAAUGGUUAUGCCCAGUACGAAUUCAACUGGAAUUGAUUAUAAUCAAACAAAUUAUCGACAACAAACACUUCCAUCUAUGCCAAAUAAUCCAUUGUCGCCAUCACCACUCGGUACACAUGUAUCGAUGUCACCACAACAUCAACAAUGGCCUCCUCAUAGAUCACAAAUGAAUGGAAGCAGUCAUAUAAAUAUGAUGACGACUCAUUCGCAGUUGCAAAUGUCCCAACAAAUUCCACAAAAUCAAACGAGUCAAAUGAUGGGUCAAAUGCAGAUGCCUGAUUUAAUGUCUACAGCUGGACAAAAUCAGCAGACACCCAUUCAAGUAAUUCCACCGCCAACUAAUCAGCUUCAGCAACAAACGACUUAUAAUAGCUACGAAGAUAUGACUCAACAGCAGCAAAAAACACAACUUGAAUCAAUACAUAAACCUUAUGAGAACUUAACACCAUCAAUUCCUUCCCAACAAGUACAGCAACAAUUAGGAAAUGCUAUGAGCAUGUUAUCGCCUCAGCAGCAACAACAAAUUGAACCACAACAGGAUCAGUAUUCAGUUGGUCUACAAGUAACAACAAACCAAUCCUCAUUAUCAACAUUAGAAUCAACAGAUCAAUCGUCAGAUCUUAAUUUACUUGAUAGUUAUUCGAAUAGUGCAACAGUAAAUACAUCAAAUCUAUCGUCGACAGCACAAAAAUCAAGCAUUGAUGAUUCACUGCUCUCUCAAACCACCAAUGAAAAUAGUCAAAGUAGUCAAAUAAGUGAUAAUGCCAAUAGUAUGAUGCAAACAAAUAGUUUCAACAAUGAUGCAAUGCAGGACGAAAAUGCAAAUCAACAGUCGACAAUGGAUCAAGAUGUUAAUUCAUAUCUUGAUAGUGACAAAAAUGAAGAGUAUGGUAAUCAACCAGUCCCACAAAAGAGCUCAACAGACAAUGACGAUGAGCAAGAUGCAUUGAGUUUACCACAAAUGCAACAGGAUACAGGAAGUGAUAAAAUUGAUAAUCUAGAAUUUGGUUUUGGUUCCGAAAUACAAAAGCCCAAAUCUGCUGAUUCAACAAUGAUUAGUGAAAAUGAUAAGCAAAUAACGAACGAAUUGACAAAUGUUGGAGCGGAAAUUACAAAUAAGAUUGAAAACAUUCCAUCACAAUCAAAAAUGGAAUCUGGUAUGAUAACAGCAUAUCCACCACAACAAACACCAAUCCAAACAUAUAAUAUGGGAUAUAAUAUGCAACAAUCUCCAUAUAAUACAAUGCCACAUCAUCAAGAGAGAACGAUGAUACAACAGCAAUUAAGUGAGCUUUAUACAUUACCACCUUCAACUGAGAAUCAAGAGAAGAUUCUUAAGCAUCAAGAGAGGAUUAAUAUUUUACAACAACAUGAGACGACAGAUCAGUGUUUAGGCGGUACACCAUCAUGUAUCCUUCAAAAUCCAAUGUUUUCAAUGAUUGACUCGCCUCAAGUAACGAGCACAACUGGUCGAGGUCGUGGACGAAGUAAUUCAUCAAAACAGAGAAAACCACGCUCAAAGAAGUCUGAAAAACAAUCACAAGCACAAGCGACUGAGGAAAGCUUAUCAAAUACUAUUAAUACAUCAAAUCUACCCGUUUCUGAGGAUUCAGUGACAGCAGGAACUGGAGAUAUUUCACAAAUUUAUUCAGAGGAUCAUGAUAUGGCUGAUAUCUCACAAGAUAAUUCUUUAUGUGAUUUAGAUACAUCAACAGAUGCAAGUGGUAAAAAGAUUAAGAAACCACGAAAGCCACGUGCACCAAAACCUCCAAAAGAACCAAAAAGUCCUAAAGAGUCGAAAAAGAAGAAGGAAAAGGACCCUGAAAAGUCGAAAAAGAAAACAAAGAAAGGAGCUGUUUCGGACGAGAAUUCCGUUUCACAUGACAAUAAUAGUACUGAAUUUUCAAAGCUUACAAGUGAAGGUGAGGAGAAUCAAUCACUUGCGUCACUUAUGCAUAAUCAAAAUUCCACUGAUGCCAAUUCAGGUGAAGGAAAUGAAAAUGUCGAAGGUGAGGAAAGCAAGAGUGAACUCGAACCGAAACUUGACGAUGAAGUUACUGAUUUUGAUGAUAUUCCGGUAUCUAAAAUUUCUGUCCAAAGUCUUCUCGAUGAGAAAGAAAAGGCUGCAUUGUCUGACGAAGCUGCAUUGAGUGAUGUUUUAUCCACAAAUGAAGAUGAUUCACCAUUUAAAAAGAAAAAGAACAAGAGUGGAGAUCGUAGAAGGAGUGGAAUGUGUAAGCCACGCGCACGAAAAGGUGGUUUCGGUGGUAAAUCAAAUCGAAGAUCAAAUCGUGGUAAAAUUGUUCAGGAUUCUGGCGAUGAAGCAGACGAUAUGAUUGCUACACCACCUGCAUCACCAACUGGCGAUGAUGCUGAAAUUGAUAGUUCGAAACGACGAUCAGCUAGAAAUACACAACGAAAGAAGUAUACUGAUGAUGCCAUGUUGAGAUUCUCUGAUGAGGAAGGUGGUUUGAUUGUUUCACCAGUCAAACAAGGUACACCAAAAGCCACAGAUGACAGUAAGAAAGAAAAAGGUGAAGAUGGUGCCGAUAUCAAUCCAACUGAGUCUACAGAUGGACAACCUAAGGUUGAAGGCACUGAAAAAAUCAUUCCACCAGAAGAUGUUAGUAAUAAGCCAAAUUAUGUAUAUAUCAAUACCUCCGAUGAAGACACAAUGAUAGUACAGUUUGUGUUAGCAUCGAGAAUGGGUAAACGUGAGUUAAAACCUGAUCCACCACCGCCUCCUCCAGUACCUGUUGAAGUAAAGAAAGAAGAAACAGAGGGUGUGGAUACAAAAACUGAAUCGAGUGAAAUGAAGACUGAAUCAAGUGAUGUGAGUACUGAAGUCAGUGCCGAAGUUAAAGAAGAAAAGAGUGAAAAAGUCGAAGGUGAGGAGAUAAAGGAAUCUGAAAGCUCAGAAGAAAAGAAAGAAAUUGAAAGUGAAAUUAAAGCCGAUGAAACUAAAGAGGAGGAAUCGAAAAUGGAAGUAGAUGAUGAGAUUAAAGACGAAGAACAAGAAAAAGAACAAGAAGUGAUAGAAAAGGUUUCAGAAGAGCCCACGGAGCCAAAAGAAUCGACUGAUGAAAUAAAAGAGACCGAACUUGUAAAGGAGGAAUCACCAAUUACAACUGAUGAAGGUUCAACAGAAACAAAGGAGACUAUCGAUGUCGAUCCUGAAGAGAAAUCAGCUGAAGUUAAGACAGAAGUAAAGCCAGAAGUUCCAGAAGUCAAAGAGGAAAAACCUGAGCCAGUUUUUGUUGAAGUUGAAGAAUUCUUAGUCAAGUACCGAAACUUUUCAUAUUUACAUUGUGAAUGGCGCACAGAAGAGGAACUACUGAAAGGUGAUAAGCGUGUUAGUAACAAAAUAAGACGUUUCCAACAAAAGCAAGCUCAACAAUUUAAUAUUUUUGAAAAUCUCGAAGAAGAUCCAUUCAAUCCAGACUUUGUAGAAGUCGAUAGAAUCUUGGAUGCAUCUGAGCAUACAGAUGAAGAAGGAAAUAAGAAUAAGCAUUAUUUAGUAAAGUGGAAGAGCUUGGCUUAUGAAGAUAGUACAUGGGAGUUAGAAGAAGAUGUCGAUGAGGAUAAAGUGGAACAAUUUGAAAAAUUCAACAAAAUUCCCCCUAAAAAUGAAUGGAAAUUCAAGAAACGUCCACAUCCUGAUCAAUGGAAGCAACUUGAUAAAACGCCUUCGUUCAAAGGAGGAAAUUCUUUGAGACCAUAUCAACUUGAAGGAUUGAAUUGGUUGAAAUAUUCAUGGUACAAGGGAAACAACUGUAUCUUAGCUGAUGAAAUGGGUCUUGGUAAAACAAUUCAGAGUCUCACAUUUGUAAAUUCAGUUCAUGAAUAUGGCAUUCGAGGUCCAUUCCUUGUCAUUGCACCAUUAUCAACAAUUCCUAACUGGCAACGUGAGUUCGAGGGAUGGACUGAUUUAAAUGUAAUUGUUUAUCAUGGUUCAGCUACCAGUCGACAAAUGCUUCAGGAUUAUGAAAUAUACUACAAGCUUGACAGUGGCAAGCCAUUAAAAGAUAUCACAAAGUUUAAUGUACUGAUUACAACAUUCGAAAUGAUUGUGACAGAUUAUCAAGACUUGAGCAAUUUCAAUUUCCGUGUCUGUGUCAUUGAUGAAGCACAUCGUUUGAAAAAUCGCAAUUGUAAAUUAUUGGAAGGUUUACGUCAAUUAAAUUUGGAGCAUCGUGUGCUUUUGUCUGGUACACCAUUACAGAAUAAUGUCAAUGAACUUUUCUCGUUACUUAAUUUCCUCGAACCUACACAAUUUGCAUCUAAUGAAGAUUUCUUGAGGGAAUUUGGAAGUUUGAGAACUGAAAGUGAAGUAAUGAAGCUUCAGGCAUUGUUGAAGCCUAUGAUGUUGCGUAGAUUGAAGGAUGAUGUAGAAAAGUCACUUGCACCGAAAGAAGAAACAAUAGUUGAAGUUGAACUUACAAAUAUCCAAAAGAAAUAUUAUCGUGGUAUUUUGGAACAGAAUUUUUCAUUCUUACAAAAAGGCACAACAGCUGCAAAUAUUCCAAAUCUUAUGAAUACAAUGAUGGAAUUGAGAAAAUGCUGUAUUCAUCCAUACCUCCUGAAUGGUGCUGAAGACCAAAUUCAAUAUGAAUGGAAAGUUACUCACGGUGAUGUUGGUGAUGGAUACUACAAAAAUAUUGUCAACGCAUCUGGUAAAAUGGUCUUAAUUGACAAAUUAUUACCAAAGUUGAAAGCAAAUGGACAUCGUGUAUUGAUUUUCAGUCAGAUGGUUCGGUGUCUUGACAUUCUCGAAGAUUACUUAGUAUUUAAGAAAUAUCCAUUUGAAAGAAUUGAUGGACGAAUUCGUGGAAAUCUUCGUCAAGCAGCUAUCGAUCGAUUCAGUAAGCCUGAUUCUGAUCGUUUUGUAUUCUUAUUGUGUACAAAAGCUGGUGGUUUAGGUAUCAAUUUGACUGCUGCUGAUACUGUCAUUAUUUAUGAUUCUGAUUGGAAUCCACAGAAUGAUUUGCAAGCUCAAGCACGUUGCCAUCGCAUUGGUCAACAAAAGAUGGUUAAAAUUUAUCGUCUAUUGUGUCGUAACACAUAUGAACGUGAAAUGUUCGAUAAAGCAUCACUAAAACUUGGUCUUGACAAAGCCAUUUUGCAGAGUAUGAAUACAGUUCAAGGAAAAGAAGGAAAUAAUAAGCAGCUGUCAAAGAAAGAAAUUGAAGAUUUGCUUAAGAAAGGUGCUUAUGGAGCUGUCAUGGACGAUGACAAUGCUGGAGAUAAGUUCUGUGAAGAAGACAUUGAUUCAAUUCUGGAACGUCGUACACAAAUUAUCACAAUGGAGAUUGAAAAGGGCUCAACUUUCUCAAAAGCUUCAUUUGCUUCGUCAAGCAAUCGCUCAGAUAUUGCAAUUGAUGAUCCUGAUUUUUGGAACAAAUGGGCAAAGAAAGCUGAAAUCGAUCCAACGGCUUGUGAGAAGGAUGAGAUUGAAGAUUUGAUUUUAGCUGAACCACGUCGUCGUACACAAAUCAAACGUUAUGGUCAUGAAGAUGUUAUGGAUAUGUCUGAAGAAUCUACUGGUAUAGAAACAGAUGAAGAAGGAGGAGGUAUUGGAUUAAGAAGUAAAAAGAAUCGCAAAGAUAAAUUACGUAGAGGAAAGCAUAUUGAGGAUUAUAUACCACGUGAUCGUGAUACAUUAGCAGCACUUGGCUUUGAAGAUGUAUCAUACGGUUCAUGGGCUCGUUCAGAAUGCUUUAAAGUUGAAAAGGGAUUACUUUCAUUUGGUUGGGGACGUUGGAAUGAAAUCUUAGAGCAAGGCGCUUUUAAGCGAGGAUGGAAGGAUAGCGACAUUGAAGAUUGUGCGAGAAUAAUUCUUUUGUUCUGCCUUCAACGCUACCAAGGCGAUGAGAAAAUCAAAACAUUUAUUUGGGAUUUAAUAAAACCGCGUGGAGUUGGCGAGGAUAGUACGAUAGCACGAAAUCAUAGUGGACUGCAUAAUUUGGUGCCGAGAGGACGUAAUGCAAAAGGUCGCAAGGGCAAAUGUAUGAUGCCAGGCAAUGGAAAAGAACCUGAUAGUGCAGGACCAUCGUCACCUCGUGCAUCAUCAUCUGCUUCAAGCACUGUUAGUGCAUUAGAUGAUAAUCAUUGGAGUAAGGAUGAUAAAUAUGAUGCUGAAUCGUACUUAGAAAUUAAUUACAAAAAACAUUUGACACGUCAUGCCAAUAAAGUAUUACUUCGUGUUCGAAUGCUUUAUUAUAUCAAACAUGAAGUUAUUGGUGAUUACGUUCAACAAAUUCAGGACGGAGUGCCAAUCAGCGAUCUCCCAAUUCGCCCACCACCCACAACCGAUGCCCUACCAUGCUCAUGGUGGAAUCCAAAAUGUUGUGACAAGAGUUUAUUGGUUGGAACGUAUAAACAUGGAUGUGAAAUGUAUCGUCAAAUUCGAGCCGAUCCAACGUUGUGUUUUAUUACUCAUUGCGGUCCCGGUGAUGUUGCUGAUGAUAGUUCGAUGAUUAGUAAAGAACAUGAUGACGAGACAAAUUCUAAGCAUGGCGAUGUCGAUGAAAAUGAUGAAGAGGUCCGAUCAACCAAAGAUGGCGAAGAUCGACCAAGUUCAUCGGGUCUUGAUGAUGAGGAUGCUACAAUCCACUUAUCAUCUGAAACAGAUCCAAAUCUCAUUUGGCCAACAAUGCAAGAUCUCAACACGCGCUUACGUCGCGUCAUCACAUCUUAUCAGCGUAACUAUAAGAAAGAAGAAUUAAAACAGCAACAGAAAGCUAAGUUGCAAUCUAUUGUACCACCGGGACAGAGUGGAACAAAUAAUUCAGGAAAUAUGAAUGCUAAUAAUCCAACACCAAGCACUUCAUAUUCAUCGGCUGCAAUGGCUGCAUCACUCGCUCAACAGCAACAAACAAAUAUGAAGAUGAGUCAACAGUCACAAGUACCACCAAUGCCAUCGGCUGCUGACAUAAGUUUGUUGCUUAGUUUGGGCAUGGGCGGUCUUGAUGCAUCACAAUUAGCAAACCUUGACUUACAGAAACUUGCGAUGUAUUUGAAAAUGGAACGACGUGAAAAAAUUGAACAAGUUGUACGUGAACGGGAAAAAACACGAUUUGAACAAAUUCCGAAAAGAUGGACUCGACGUGAUGAAAACGAAUUCCUACGUGUACUUACUGGUUAUGGAAUUGAUUUACAACAGCACACAACAGUUCCGAUGCCUGAUUGGUCUAGAUUCAAGACAUUUGCAAAGCUUGAUAAGAAAACCGAUGAGAAUCUUAGUGAUUAUUAUAAGGUAUUCAUUGCUAUGUGCAAACGACAAGCAGGCGAAAAGCUUCUUGAAGAAGAGAAGGGCUUAGAAGGAAUUAUCGAUGAUAUUGGCGAAGACCAUGCCAAACUUAUCCUUGAUCGUCUCGAAUUACUCUCGAAACUUCGUGAAGUUGCCAAACAUCCAAAACUUGAUGAGCGUUUGAAGCUAUGUGAAAAUAAUUUGGAUACACCAGAUUGGUGGGAGUCAGGCAAACAUGAUCGUGAACUUAUUCGUGCUGUUUUGAAAUAUGGAUUGUAUAGAUCAGAUCAGUAUAUUCUUAAUGAUCCAGAUUUUCCAUUUGCUGAAGCUGAAAAGCGAUAUAUUAAGAGCUUAGAGAUUCUUAAAUCAUUCAAGUUUGAUAAUCCAGCUGAUUUGUUCAAAUUUGCUAUGGGAGAGAUUCCAGCACCAGUAAAAGCUAGCGAAAAACCAAAAGAAGUAAAAGAAAAAGUUGAAAUUCCAAAAGUAGAAAAGGCAAAGGAGGACAUUAAAGCACCAUCAGUAGAAAAGGAAAUUGAAAAGCCAGUAGAAGAGAAACUUAUCGAUGAUUCAGCUAAAGUUGAAGAAGAACUGCCAAAAUCACCAGAAAAGUCGGAUGUUGAGGAACUCACUGUUGAACCAGAAAUUCCAUUGGAACUAACAAAAGAAGAUGAAAAAUCAGAAUCAGCUGAUGAAAAGUCUUUAAAUGAGAAAAUGGAAGUUGAUGAAAAAUCUGAGGAAUCAACAGAUGAAGUAAAGGAAUCGACCGAAGAAAAAAUGGAAGUUGAUGAAGUACCCAAAGUUGAAUCACCAGAAGAAUCGACUCCAAUAAUUGAAUCAGAAUUAGAGGAAGUUAAAGAAGUCGAGGAAGAUAAGGAUGAGCCAAAGAUUGAAGAAGACAAACAAUCAGAACCAGAAAAGGUUAUUGAAGAAAUUGAAACUCCAAAAUCACCAGUUAAAAUCGCUGAAAAGUCUGAAGAUGAAGAAAAAUCAUCAGUUGAAGAAAAGAUAGAAGAGAAGCCAAUUGAAAUCAAACAAGAGCGUCCUGAAGGAGAACCUAAAAUUAUUGACACUGUUGUUAUUGAUGAUGAUGACACACUUCCUGAAAAACCAACAUUAGAACCAGAAUCAACAUCUAAACAUGCAGCAGAAUUACGUGCUCGUUUCCCUGACUUGGAAAUAUUCCAACCUUUAAUGAAGUUGAAGCAACUCGAUUCAAUGUUAUUAAAGGGUGAUGUCAAGGACAAUUUAAAGGCACUAUCUCGUGUCUUUGAUACAUCAAUGAUUGUCAGAUGGUUCCGUGAAUUUGCACUUGAAAAGCGCAUUAGUCACAUAAUUUAUUGUGUUGAAAAAGGCACAUGGCCUGUUGGAAAAUCAUAUUCUGCAUAUUCAGGCUGUCUAGGUAUUGAUUUAGACUUGCCACUUUAUGAGACAGUUAAACGUCUUAAUGCUGAUAAGCGUUCAAGCUCAAGCACACCAGAUAUCAUUACAAUUACCACUGAUCAUCAUCAGAUGAGUAAAUCACAACUUUCUAAUCAAUUGCAAUCACAAAUGCAAAGUAUGGUCGAUUCUAUGGCUACAAAAGGCAAGGGCAAAGGUCAAAAGCGUCACAUCGCCAUCGAUGUUGAAACUGAACGUGCUAAGCUACAUGCUUUGUUAAAUAAUACAGUUCCAGUUGGAAGUCAAGGACAGAAAGGUUCAGCUUAUCAUGAAGAUGAACAAGAAGGAAGACGUUCCUCAAGUGGUGGGCAAUCAUUACAACCACCACCAGCACAUCAGCAUGGAGGUUCUCGUGGAUCAAUAAAUCAAUAUAAACCAACUGUUACAAUUCCUGGAACCUCCAGUACAUUAACACCAAUUGAUUUAUCAUCAAGCUUACCAAAAAUGCGCAUUGCUGACAUUUUACGUAAACCACAAGCACAACUUGGUGACAUGAGUGAAGUUCAAGAUUUUUCGAUGGGUAAAAGCAGAGGCUCUAAUCCACAUCCACAAACAUCACCAACAUCAGCAUUAGCUGGUGCUGCUGGAAAAGGAAAACUUAAUGACAUGCUUUCAAAAUUAAUGAAAAAGAACAAUAUCGCAAUGGAUGAUAAUAAUCAACAACAACAGCAACAGCAGCAACAACAACAACAAACAGAACCAUUAAGCAAAGAGAAGAAAAGAAGGAAGUUGGAUGAAAUUGUUAUGGGAUUGUCAGCAUCUUCGGCAUCUAAGGAACAAAAAUCAGUUUUUGGAGAUCCAGGAUUGUCACAUUCAUCUUCUAAAAAACCACAAGUUACACCAAGCGUUUCUGUUACACCAACAAAUGCUCCAUCACAGUCACAACAACAAAGCAAUCAAAAGCCAUUCACAAUAACUGUUACAAGUGUUCCAGGCAAGAGCUCUUCAAAAUCAUCAUCACAGUCAGCAUCUGGAACAUCAGGCAUUGCUGCUUUACAAAAUAUGAGUGGAAUGUCUUCAAAGGACAGUAUGAAUGCAAUGAUCUUGCAAGCAGCUCAGGCUGAACAACAAGCUUUCUUGAAACAACAACAAAAGAUUUUGCAGUCAAUUCCUGCUAAUUCUCCUCAACGAAAGGCUUAUGAGGCUAUGUUUAAUGAAAUGAAGCAAGCAUUAGAACUUAGUUCCAAGUUGGGAAGUUAUGGUUCUGGUGGUGUUCAAGAUGCAAAAGUUAAUAAAUGGUUGGCAGAACAAACUGCAGCAUUGACUGAACAAGCAUUGAAUAUGGAAUAUUUGUCAAGAGCUGCUGCAGCAUCUGGCGGUUCCACAUCACAAUCACAAUCACAGUCACAAUCAUCUAAUAGACGUUCAUCUUCACAACAGUCACAUCAACAACAAUCAAGUCAUCAGUCAUCUGGUAAUAAUAAUCAAUCUAAUAAUUCGAGACAAAGAAGCAGUCAAUCAAGUUCAUCAAAUGCUGAUGCUAAUGCUAUGGCAAACAUAAAUUGGAAUAGCUUGACAGGAGAAGAAAAUGUUAGUGUAGUACAUAAAGUUACUGGCAAGCGUAUAACUGGAAGAAAUGCUCCACAACUUAAACGCUUAUCACAAUGGCUUAAGGAAAAUCCAAUGUACGAAAUUGAUCCUAAAUGGACAGAGAGUUUGACAAUGCCAUCAGCUUCAACAUCUUCAUCUCAAUCAUCAAUGAGAGAAAAGCAAUCACAUUCAAAUGAAAUGACAAUGUCAAAGACACAAUCUUCAUCUAAUGCAUCAAUGAAUCGUUCUGGAUCAAGCUCGAAUCAAUAUGGAAAUUCGUCUCAAAACGCAGCUGGAUCUUCAUCAUCAUCAUCAGCUAAUAAGAAGCAAUCAAGCAGCUCAGCAAGUGCUUCAGCCGCAGCUGCUGCUAAUAUGGCUAAUUUCCAAGGUCUUGCUGGUUUGAAUGCUAACUUAUUAUCAAGCUUACCAGGUUUGGGAGGUUUUGAUCCAAAGAAUCCACUUGCAUCGAUGAUGCCAUUUGCUGGAAUGCCUGGACUAGGGUCCAUGGGUAAUAUGAAUAAUAUGAAUAACAUGAAUUUGUUUGGAAAUCUUGCUGCACUUGGUGGACUUGCAGGAAUGGAUGCACAAAGUCUAGCUGCUGUUAUGGCUGCAGCAAGUUUAGAUCCAACAGCACUUGCUAAAUCUCUUGGGGCUACCUCUGGAUCAACCCAGAGUCCUUCAAGCAAUCAAAGCAGUUCAAAUAAAGCAAGAAAAUCUACUGACUCGUCAUCAUCACAACAACAGCAACAAUCUUCGAGCUCAUCUAAACAAUCGUCUAGUUCUGCAUCACAGGCUGCAGCUCAAGCUGCUGCAAAUUUGGCAAAUAAUCCAGCUUUCCCAUUCUUUUUCCCAAAUCCGAGUCUAUUGUAUACUCCAUUGGGUCUGAGUGGAUUAAAUCCGUACUCAAUGCCAGGUGGAAUGUCUGCAUAUGAUCAAUUGGCACAACAAUGUAAUUUAUUAAAUGGUGCUGGAAUGAGUGGAUCAUCGACACAAACUACUAAUACAUCAUCAUCACGUCAAGCAUCAAAUAAGAACACAAAUACAUCUUCAAGUUCUUCAUCCAGAACUGCUGCUUUAAGUAGUUCAUCAGGACAUCAACAGACAUCAUCACCAAGUAGUAAGAGUUCUCGUAAUUCUUCAAGUGCUAUGAAUUCAAUGUCAUCAGCUGCUGCACGAGAUGCACAAUUGCAAUCAUUAUUAUUGCCACAUGAUACACACUUGCUUGAAUCAUUAUCAAGAGCAACAGGUCUUGAUAUUAGUCAGAGUAAUAACAGAUCAAGUAAUCAAUCAAGCUCUCAAGAUAAGCGCAGUAAUGCAGCACAACAAGCCAAUAAAGAGGCAAUGGAGAAAUUAGAACGUGAUCGUAGAAAGUUGUUGGAAUCAUUGACUAGAAAUGGAUUCCCAACUGAUUUUGCAACAAUGCAAGCAUUAGCAAAAAUGCCACCAGGUCUUGGCAUGUCUACAUCUUCACCAUCAUCAUCAUCGAAGAGCUCAGCAAAGGAUAUUCCAUUACCAUUGCCAGCUGACUUUAGUCAAGCAUUGUUUGCAGAAAUGAUGGCUCAAACUGCUGCAGCAGUCGGCGGAGGUUCAUCAUCAUCAUCUUCAAAGAGAGCACGUGAACAAGAAAUGAAAGAAGCAUUUGAACAAAUGAGUAAGAAUCCAGUUGAAAUGCUUGCACGUAGCUUAGGUGUUGGACCAAAUAUCUCAUUAAUUCCAACAUCAUCUGCAUCAAGUAUGCAUGAAUCGAAGAGAAUGCGUCAAGAUACUUCAUCAUCUGCAGCUGCAAUUUCAUUAACACCGACUUCAUCAAAAUCAUCGAAUGAAAUGAGAUCUCAUUCACAUGCACAUGAUGACAUGAAAGCAUCGCCACGUUCAACAAGAUCGAAUGAAAGUACAAGAGAUAGACAUCAAGAACAACAAGAUAAAGUCACAUUGACACCCGUUUCAGCAGCAAGUAUUGGUGCAUCAUUGCCAUCACAGACAACAAUUUCAUUGGCAACACCAUCUGGUUCUAAUGAACGUACUUCAACAAGUUCUUCAAAGGAUCGUUCUGAACGUGAUUCGUCAAGAGAACAUAAUAUUGAGCGUUCCUCACAUCAUUCACCAAAGGCACGUGAACAGCCAACAAACUUGUCAACAACAAAGGAACGUGAAGAACGAAUUGAACGCAGUGAGCGUAAUGUAGAACGUGCUGAGAAUUUAAAAAUGUCAAUUUCUGAGCCAGUUCCACAACCAAAACAGGAAGAACCUCGUCCUAUUCCUCCACCUCAACAGCAGCAGCAACAACAACAGCAACAACAACAACAACAUCAUGCUCAUGAUCCAAACAUGGAUAUUGAAGAUUUAAUUGAACAUUCAAAAGUCUCAAAAGGAGGUGAAUUGCAGGUCGAUGAGCAGCCAGCUGAACAGAAACAACAACAUACACAAUCACAAAAAUCUGACGAUUCAAGUAAGGAACAGGAUCAAAAUCAACAAGAGGAAAAUACAAGUGAUGAAAGCGACAGACGAUCAACUCGUCGUACACGCUCAAAACGCCCUCGAAGUGGUGAAGAUAUGGAAGUAGCAGUUCCAGAACGAAAGCGUGAAUUAAGAUCCAGUGCUGGUCGAUUAGCAGCUGCAGCUGCUGCUCGAAUGGCCGCUGAAGCAAAAUUAGCACAACAACAAGCAGCUGCUGAAGCACAAAAUGCAUCAAAUUCUGAAAACAAAGAAAUUGAAUGA